AUGGGUGUCAAGACCUUCUACCUUGCCGGCGAGACAGCCAAACACGGCUUGGACCUUGAUAUUAGUCAGGUCACCGAGUUCAGUGCUCUCCAAGAUGCCAUCGCGACCAAUUUCAGCAUUGUUGUUCCGGGUGAGGUGGGCUUCCAGGACAAGACUCGUAGCCUUGAGUCCCUCGAAGACAUCAGAUCCACCGAUGAACCCAUCGGCGUUAAUAUCUCGGGCCAACCUGUCCGUGAGACUCCUGGACCUGAGGGACUACCAUACUUGGGCUCGUACCUCCAGAUCUUUCCCGAUCACCUCGGCAACAAUCAACGCCUGUUCGAAAGAUACGGUCCUGUUUUCAAGUCCACUAGCAUGGGUGUAACGAACUACCAGACCAACGAUCCCAAGAUUGCUCAGAUCGUGCUGUCAGAGUCCGAGUACUUCUCAAAAGAGAUCAACAAGAUGCAUCCUCUGUAUCCGAUCAAGAAUGAUAUGGCAGGAGUGUUUCUUGGUGACUCGACAAGUCCAAACUGGAAAGUUGUGCACAAAUACAUGCCCCCAGCCCUCGGUCCCAAGGCUGUCCGCCAUUAUUCAAAGACCAUGAACGACGAAUUGCGCGUAUCGCUACCAGUGUUUGACGAGCUCGAGUCAGCCGACUCAGCUUGGAAUGUCUACCAGUACAUGCUCAAGCUUAGUUCCGCUACUGUCGGCAAAAUUGUUCUGGGAAUCGACUUUGAGCACUUCACUAGUGUGGAUGCACCUCUGCACAAAAUGCCACUUGCCAUCGCUCAUUCUCUAGCUCUGAACAAAAAGAUCACCUCGAUGGGCGAAUGGUAUUCCCAUCUGCCGUUUGGCGAUCCCAAGCGUCUGAGAGAUCUGCAAGCGUUCAUGACUGGUGAGAUCAACAAGGUGAUACAAGAGUCCAAGGGCAACGGAACCGAAGACCUCCCUCUUCAAGAUGCCGCCUUGAAGGCCGCGAACCUCGUUGACUAUUUCACUCGUGCGGUCGACAAUUCCGGCAAUCGCCUUCCAACAGAGAACAUGAGCGCUGCUCUGACGGUCGCUGCUGGUGCUGGAUUCACUACUACCUCAUCCUUGCUGUCAUGGCUCAUCUUCGGACUCGUCACGUAUCCUGGAAUGCAAGAACGUUUGGUCCAGGAGUUGGUGAAUCACGACUUCAAGGACGAUGCAGAUGUCACACCAGAAUUGAUUGAAGAGCUCAAUGAGCUCGACAAAUACGUCAAGGAAAUGCAACGCAAGCACAAUCCCUCAUACCAACCAGGCCGCACAGCUCAGAAGGAUCUGAUUCUACCCGGAGGUCUCAGAAUGCGCAAGGGAGAGAUCAUCAUCGCGGCUCUCCACCACAUCCACAACAACCCCAAAGUCUGGGAAAACCCUGAUCGUUUUGACCCUGACCGCUGGGACACGGAGGCCGUCAAGAAACGCGGCAGAACAGACUAUAUUCCAUUUGCCGCUGGACAGCGCAUGUGCAUCGGCUUCAACUUUGCGCUCCAGGAGAUCAAAAUCUUCAUCGCCCAGCUAGUCUGGCGGUAUGAAUGGAUCAAAGACGGAAACGUGGAAACCGAGUACGAUCCUUUCUUCCAGCUCAUCCGACCCGUCAACUUGUACGUACGCACCAAGAGGCGAACAGUUUACCCCUCGAGGUCAAUUUGA